AUGCCUCUUUAUAUCGCCGACGAAAGCUUCACAGCAUCCACACCACAGCCAGUAGAAAUCAAGCACGAUUACUUGAUCUUCUACUCGUCCAUCGUUGAUGGUCAGCUCUGGUGCCCGGACUGUCGAGUAGUUGAUGGGCUCAUCAAGGAUACCUUUGGAUCAGACAAAUCUCCGAGCGCAUUGAUCGUCUAUGUGGGAGACAGGCCAAGGUGGAAAACGCCAACCAACGGGUUUCGGGGGGAUCCUUGGAAAAUCGAGUCCAUCCCUACAGUUGUCAAAUUAAAAGAUGGCAUCGAAGCAGCGCGCCUUGUGGAUAGUGAAAUUUCAGCGGGCCUUCAAGAAUUUAUCCACUCCACCUGA